AUGAAGGACACAACGCCUGCCCAAGGAACGGCAGACCAAUCGCAAGCUACUCCUGCGACAGCAUCCCCCGCCGUUCCAGAUGCGCCUUAUAGCAUAUUUGAUAAAAAACAAAAAUGGCUAAUCAUUGCAAUUGUGUCGACUGCUGCAACCUUUUCUGGUUUCGCGUCAAAUAUAUACUUUCCAGCUUUGCCAACCAUUGCGGAUGAUCUCGGUGUUUCUCUCGAACUUGUCAAUUUGACAGUUACUUCAUACCUUAUCUUCCAGGGACUAGCACCGAGUCUCUGGGGUCCAGUGUCAGACGUAAAGGGGCGUCGAAUCGCCUACAUCUGUACAUUCAUUGUAUUUCUGGGCGCAUGCAUUGGGCUUGCGCUGAGUAAGAAUUACGCUACAGUGAUUGUCCUGAGAUGCCUUCAGAGCACAGGUAGUGCCAGUACAAUUGCCAUCGGCUCUGGGGUGAUAGGUGAUAUCACCACACGCGCUGAACGAGGAGGCUUUAUGGGAAUCUUUCAAGCAGGUCUCCUCGUCCCUGUUGCUGUUGGCCCAGUGAUUGGAGGCGCACUGGCCGGAUCAUUAGGAUGGCAUUCGGUAUUUUGGUUCCUCGCCAUCUACUGUGGCGUCUUCUUGGCCUUACUCAUUGCUCUCUUGCCGGAAACACUUCGAUCGGUGGUUGCCAAUGGAAGCACGACGCCGUCGAACCCACUGGCUAGAUAUCCGUUAAGCAUCUAUCAAAAAACGACCACAGUACAGUGGAAAUUAGAAGGCGACCCAGAUGCCUCUCAGCCAUCAGCAACGAAACGUAUCGAUUUGACUGGCCCCCUCCGGAUGCUCGUAACCCAGCACGCAGCUCCAAUCAUCCUCUUCCUCGCCAUCUACUACGCCGUCUGGCAGAUGAGCAUCACCGCCAUGUCCUCACUUUUCAAAGACCGCUACGGUCUCGGCGAAACCCAGAUCGGUCUUACCUUCAUAGCCAACGGCGUAGGCUCGAUGAUCGGGACCCUAGUGUCAGGCAAAAUCCUAAACAUGGACUACCAACGGGCCAAACAACAAUACGAAUCUUCGCUCGACGCCGAGGCUGCGAAUGAUGGAACCCGCGAUGAAGAUGACUUCCCGAUUGAAAAGGCUCGUCUUCGACUAGUGCCGGUUUUCUCGCUUUUGCAGUGUCUCUCGAUCAUUCUCUUUGGCUGGACCAUUCAGUACCCGGAUCGCGUCCAUAUCGCCGUUCCCAUUGUGUCUACCUUCAUCACAGGCUGGACGGCGGUCUCGACUCAGUCUGUUAUCAUGACGUAUCUCGUUGAUAUAUUUCCUGAUAGAACCGCGGCAGCCAGUGCCAGCCUGAAUCUCGCUAGAUGUCUGUUUGCUGCUGGUGGUACCAGUUUUGUCAUGCCCAUGGUCAAUGGUGUUGGUGUUGGUGUGGCGUUCACGAUAUGUGUCGCUGUGCAGCUUGUGGCAUUGAUUGGGCCUUUUAUACAGUGGAGGUUUGCCGGCGCAUGGAGGAAACAAGCACAGCAUCGGAGUGGCGAUGCAUAA